UACGGGGCCUGCGGUGCGCUCAGAGCGCAGCGCCCACCGCGGCGGCACGACCCGGGCGGCGACGCUUGUAGUUCCUCUCGGUACCGGCUUCCACCCGCCGCCUGGCCCGCGCCGACUUCCUGGAGGGCGCGUGACGUCACGGCAAGGGCGCCGCGUGCGUGCGUGCGUACGUGCGCGUGUAAACACGAGCGCCGCGCGAGUGUCGGGGCCGGCUCCGUCUUGGGACCAAGCCUGCGUGCCGGCCGCGGAGUACUGCGUUUCUGCGCCCUACUUUUCCUCGGGGAGCCGGCACCGUGGAGCAGUGGCAUGCAGCGCGGCCCGCUGUCUCCCAGUCCCACUGACAGUCCUGGCGCGCUCGGAACUUGGUAUCCCGGCGUGCAUCGCGGGCAGGGCAUGGCGGGACUACGAGUCCCAGCGUUCAACGCAAGCCUGCGGCCUAUUACCCCGUCACACGCCGAGAUCCAGCCUCCUGAGACUACGAGUUCCGGCAUGCACCGCGAGCCGCUCUCCUCGACUUCCGUCGCGCACUGCGAGUCCCAAUGUCGCGAGACUACGGGUCCUGGCAUGCCGUGCGCGCCGCGGGCAGAGAGACCUGAGGCUGCUGGCGUCCGGGGGGCCCCGCCUCGUGUCCCGCUCCGUGUCCAGCGCGGACCCCACGCCGCGGGAGCUGCUGUGGUCUUUUCUUCCUCCGACCUCCCCUUCGACGCGGAAGCGCAGGGGCAGGGGAAGGUGCCCAGCCCCCAGGAGCACAAUCUGUCCUGGCCAUGUUUGUCCACCGAACUGCAACUCACACUCCGCAGGUCCUGGAGCCCACGAAAGACCCCCACAGGGAGCUCCCAGCCACGCACAGGUCCUGGGCCCCGGCGAGCCAGCCAUCACCACUUCACAGGUGAGCUCUGUCAAAACCGGCAGCUUCUAAGUGCCAUCAGCUACCAGUGUGCCGUGAAGUAGUCCUCAACCUGGUUGCUAUACACAGGCGUUUUACUCAUUUCACUUUAUUGCACUCAAAGAUACUGCAUUUUUCACAAAUUGAAUUAGUGGCAAGUCUGCCUUUAGCAAGUCGAUUGGCACCAUUUUCCCAACAGCUCCUGCCCACUUCAUGUCUCUGUCACAUUUUGGCAAUCCUUACAGUCGUCCAAACUUUUCAUUGCUAUCGCCUAUGGUGAUCUGUCAUCGGUGAUCUCUGAUGUUCCUGCUGCAAUUGUUUUGGAGCACCAUAGCUGCCCACGUGAGACACCAAACUUAAUUGUGAUCUGACAGCUCCCUUGACCUAGCGUUCCCGUCUCUCCUCUCCUCAGCCUCCCUGUUCCUUCAGACAGAACAAUAUUGAAAUCUGCCCAGUUAGCAACCUUACAAUGUCCUUUCCAUGUUUCAUUGAAAGGGAGAGUUACAGGUCCCUCACUUUAAAUCAAAAGCUAGAAAUGAUUAAGCUUGGUGAGGAAGGCAUGUCAGAAGCCGAGACAGGCCAAAAGCUUCUCACACCAAAUGGUUAGCCUGGUUGUGAAUGCAAAGGACAAGUUCUUGAAGGAGAUUAGAAGUGCGACUCCAGUGCACACAAAUGAUAAGAAAGUAAAACAGCCUUACUGCAGAGACAGAAAAUUUCAGUGGUUUAGAUAGAACAUCAAACCAGCCAUGACACGCCCUGAAGCCACAGCCUCGUCUAGACUGAGGCCUUAACUCCCUUCAGUUCCCUGAAGGCUGGAGAGGCGAGGAAGCUGCCUCUCUCCACUUUCUUCAGAGAGAAGAAAGGUUGGAAACCAGCAGAAGUUCAUUCAUGAGGUUGAAGGAAAGAAGCUGUUUCUGUAACAUAAAAGCGAAGGUAAAGCAGCAGGUGCUGGUGGAGAAGCUGCGGCAAGUUCCCCAGAAGACCCAGCUGAGACCACUGAUGAAGGAGGCUGCACUAAACGACAGAUUUUAAGUGCAGAUAAAACGGCCUUCUAUUGGAAGAAGAUGCCAUCUAGGACUUUCACCGGUGGAGAGGAGAAGUCAGUGCCUGGCUUCAAAGCUUCCAAGGACAGGCUGACCCCAAUGUUGAAGCCAGUGCCCAGGUGCCAUCUGAAAAUCCCAGGGCCCUUAAGAAUGAGACUAAGUCUCCUCUGCCUGUGCUCCAUCCAUGGAACAACAAAGCCUGGAUGACAGCACCUGUGUUCACAGCGUGGUUUGCUGACCAUUCUAAGCCCACUCUUGAGACCUAUUGCUCAGAAAGAUUCUUUUCAGAACAAUUCCUGCUCAUGGUCACCCAAGAGCUCUGAUGGAGACGUGCGGGAGAUGAAUGUUGUUUUCCUGCCUGCUGACACCACAUCCACCCUGCAGCCCAGGGAUCCAGAAUGAUUUUGACUUUUGAGUCUUAUUAUUUCAGAAAUACAUUUUCUAAGGCUAUAGUUGAUUCCUCUGAUGAAUCUAGGCAAAGUCAACUGAAAACCUUCUGACAGGAAUUCAUCAUUUUAGAUGCCAUUAGGAACAUUCAUGAUUUAUGGGAGGAUGUCAAAAUAUCAACCUUAACAGGGGUUAGAUGAAGUUGAUUCCAUCCCUCAUGGAUAACUUUGGGGAGUUUAAGGCUUUAGUGGGGGAAAUAACUUCAGACGUGGUGGAAAUAGCAAGAGAACUAGAAUUAGACGAUUAGAUGGGGCCUGAAGAUGGGACUGAACUGCAAUCUCAGGAUGAAAUUUGAACGGACGAGGAAACGCUCCUUAUGGAUGAGCAGAGAAGGUGGUUUCUUGAGAUGAAAUCUGCUCCUGAUGAAGACACUGUGAAGACUGUUGAAAUGAAACAAAGAAUUUAGAAUAUUCCAUAAACGAGUUGAUAAAGUGGUGGCAGGGUGUGAGCGGAUUAACUCCGAUUCUGAACAGAACUCUGCUGUGGGUAAAACGCUACCCAGCAGCAUCACACACUCCGUGGAAGGAAGAGUUCAUCCACACAGCAAAGUUCAUUGCUGUCCUAUUUUUAAAAAUGGCCACAGCCACCCCAGCCGUCAGCCGCCACCAGCCUGGUCAGUCAGCAGGUCAGCACUGAGGUAAGACCCCUCCAGCAGCAAAAAAUUCGGACUCGCUGAAGGGGCAGACGAUCGUCAGCAGUUUUUAGCGAUAAAUUACUUUUCAGUUAAGGCAUGUGCAUUUUUUAAGACAUAAUGGUAUUUUACACUUAAUAAGACUACAGUAUAGUGUAAACAUAAUUUUAUAAAGCACCGGGAAACCAUAGCGAUUUAUGUGACUUGCUUGAUUGUGAUAUUCACUUUAUUGCUGUGGUCCGGAGCCGCAGCAGCAGCCUCUGAGAUAUGCCUGUGCCGCUGUGUUGGGGUGGGCACCUUACACAUUUAAAGCAGCCAUUUCCCCGUGUUGUUUUUAUUCUAAUAUUUUUAGUAUAUUAAUAAACAACAUAAGAACACAUGCCCUUCUUUCAGAAAAUCCAAAGUAUAAAAUUCACAGUUAUAGAACAUAAAAUAGAGCAUGAAUGUUGGCCUUAAAACAGCACAAACCUCCUGAAGUAGUGGUUCUUAAACUUCAGUGUGCCCCACGGUCACACAGGGAACUCUUCAAAAUGUCCAUGGACCUGAACGAAUGAGCCCUCCCAGGAGAUCAAGUGGAGGUGGCUCAAGAUAUCACUCCCCAAAACUCGCUCCCUCAGCAGGCAGUGGUGAGGGCAACAUGAGCAGGGCCUUCCUCCACCUCACCUGGGCCGCAGCUGUGAUGCAAAAGAUCCCAGACCUUCCUCCACCUCACCUGGGCCGCAGCUGUGAUGCAAAAGAUCCCAGACCUUCCUCCACCUCACCUGGGCCGCAGCUGUGAUGCAUGUGAGGAGGAGCCUUCCUCCGUCUCUCCUGGGAUGCAGCUGGGAUGCACGUUGCUGGGGGAAAAUGGCAAGGAAGCCAGUGAAAAACACUGGGUAAGAAUUGGUCCAUUAGGCCCAGGGUAUUAAAGUGUCCUGCUAGAAGGAAGACUCAAUCCUGCCAGGGCAUCACUUCUGCUGGCCUUGCUGCUUUCACCGGCGAAAGAAGCUGCUGGCGCUGAACUGUGGGCUCUCUGUGACUGACGUGGUUUCUUUUUGGCAUACCUUGGAGCCACCACAGUCUAGAGCAAAACAAAAGCAGGUCUAUUCUGUCUCAGCGGGAGUUCCCUGACAACCUUUCGUAGGCAGAGCAGCAGGGAGUGCAGUCUUGCCGGCCUUCUCUGUGCAGGGCAAGGUCUGGGCCAGGAGGCUCUGCAGCUGAGACCGGGGCAGUCCUGUCUGGUCAUCCCCACACAGACAUCCCACCCUCCCACUGGCCCGCAGAGCAGCUGCACCUGCCGCUCUUCUGUGGACCAAGGGCAUGGCAGACGGCAAUGCUGUUUCACUUGGAAUCAGACCAACUUAACGCGGUCUGGAGUCAGAGGACUGCCGCUGUCAUUUGCCUUGCCUCCUUUCUCUGAGUAUCACAAGGGCCUCAUGGACUCAGACCUUUCAAGGAGCAGUGUGGAACCCCCGUGUUCUCUGACCCCCGCCUCUGUUUCCUUGGCCCCUAUCUCCAUCCUGCCAUCCCUCACAGUCUCCCUGGCCUAGCUUCUUUCAAAGCCCUGGGUCUUCAGGCCUGGCCAGGUGCCAAGCGUGGCCACUUUCCUCCAGGGUUUCCAGCUUCCGGGCUCCCCGUACAGUACAGAGCAGACUGUGUGUAAUGUAUCAGAUGAGCUAUGAAGACUACCCCUACAAUGAGCCCAUCAGCUCACCUGAAAUCCAGGGUGUCACCAACAUCACAACGACCGCUGGAGAGCUCCCCAUCCCACUGUGCCCUUUGCUUCCCCACCAGAGGAUCCACCAACCUCACCCUGGUAUUGAUCAUGUUCCUUUUCUACAGGAAAGAAUAAUGUAUAUGUACAUACACACCCACACAUAUACACAUACAUAUACAUACACACAUAUAUACAUACAUAUACAUACAUCCAGAUAUUGUUUAGUUUGGCUUGUUUCUGAGGUUUAUAAAAAUAGCGUCAUAUAUAUUCUUCAGUGAUGGCUGUUGCACUAAUCAUUGUGCAUCCGCAUCUCACCCAUAUGCUUUUGUUUGGCUGUGGUUGGUUGGUUGUGAUUGCUGUGUAAUAUCCUAUUAUGCGGCUGUAACAGAAUGUGUUCAUGCUAUCUUUAUACGUAGACAUUUGGUGUAACAUAAUGUGUUCCUGAGUCUUUAUACAUGGACAUUUAGUUGCUUUCAUGGGAAGUACUGCAGUGAACAUUCUGCAUGAUUCUUGGUGCACCUGAGUUAAAGCCACCGGAGGGUGUGCGUGUGGAGGAGGGUGUGCGUGUGGAGGGGACUGCAGAAUCAUAGAGUGUGCAAAUGUUCAGAUGAAUGAAGUGACAACCAAUUUUUUGAAAUGGUUAUUUUAAUUUAUAAUCCCACCAGCAACAAAAGAGUUACUUUCCAUCCACAUCCUCAACAAGUCUGUGUUAUCCAACUUGGUCUCUGCCAUGCCAGGUAAAAAUCUGUGUUAAAAUGAAAACUUGUAGUUCUGAUUGGCAGUCUCCUAAUGACCAUAUGGUUUAGUUUAUUUUUCUAUUUUUUAUCUGCCACUUGAGUUUUCUUUCCUGUGAAAUGCCUGUUCACGUUUGUUGCUCAUUUUUCUGUGGGGGUGUUUGUCUUUUUAUUACUGAUUUGUAGUAGUUCCCUGUGGUUUCUGAAGGAAACUAUUUUAUUGUUUAUAUGUAACUAAUGUAGUCUAUCAAUUUUGGGUUUGUCUUUUUCAUUUUCUUUAUGAGAUAUUUUGAUGAACAGAGAAUGCCUUCCCUAACAUGAGGAUUUUAAAGAUACCUUUCUUUAAUACUUUUAAAAUGUAUGAAAUUUGCCCUUCAUUGCUAACCAUUUACUUAAUGAGAAAUGGAUGUUUGGUAUAUGAUGUAAGGCAGGAAUCCAAUUCAUUUUCCAUAUGAAUAGCCAAUCAUCCCAGCCCUAUAUAUUGAAAAACUUCUGUUCUCAUUGAUCUGUGAUGUCAUCUCUGAUAUAUACCAGUCUCCUUUUUUUUUUUUUUUUUUUGAGACGGGGUCUUACUUUGUUGCCCAGGCUGG